AUGCUCAGCUUCGAUACGCUAUUUUACGCAUUUCUUGUUUUCCACGCAACAAACGCAUUUCCUCUGCGUGAUGAGAAAACACAGGGAUGUUCCAAUGGUUGGCACAAAUAUCACGAUUCCUGUUAUUUUAUGGACAAUCCACUGAUGGAUUUUGAAAAAGCACAAAUCAAAUGUUGGGAUUUCGGUGGUACACUUCUUUUAGCGGAAAAUCUCGAGGAAUAUAGAUUUGCGACCGAAUAUUCGAAACCUAACACGUGGAGUUGGGUUGGUAUCACUUUGGACGAGCAUUUCCAUCAUCCACAAUGGGUCAAUAGUGGUGGAAUUAACGCAACGGCGGUGAAUUGGUUGGUCAAACCGUUCAAUCCGUUCGCAAAUGCACUAAAAAUGUGUUGCCGUUUCUGCCAAAUUGUCUGUGCUUUCUUCGCUCCGCCGCUUGCCGUCAUGUGUCAUUCUGGAUGCACAUCGGAUCUGCUCAUUAAUGUGAUCCUUACAUGUUGUGGAGUUAUUCCGGGAAUGAUUCACGCAGUAUUUGUGAUUUGUUCGGAGAAUAAGCAAUCUCUGAGAGUCACAACAAAUGUAAAUGUAGCCGCACCUUCAAUUCCAAUGUACCAGCCAGUGAUGCCAAUGUACCAGCCGGUUGCGCCUCCUCCAGCUCCAGUCUAUUAUCCAGAACCCUCUCCAGCUCCUCCUGUAUACUACCCGGAUCCUGGUCAGAAGUUCUAG